GACCGCAACCUAUCCGGAAAUUGUGUGAUCCUAGGUAUUUAAAGAGGCAUAUACCUCACGCUUCCCCGGCAACAUUGCUACAAACCACUACCCUUAUUUCUUUCAAUACACAACAACAAUCGUUCCCAUUCAUCAGCAGAGUAUCUAGUGAAGAUGUCUCUUAAGCCUCUUAUCCUCCACGGCCAUUCCGCCGGCCCUAACCCUUGGAAGGUGGCCAUGCUCCUCAACGAACUCAAUGUUCCUUACGAUUACAAGUAUCUUCAAUUCGCAGAAAUCAAGAGUGAGCCCUUCUUCAAGAUCAACCCCAACGGCCGUGUUCCCGCCAUCGAGGAUCCCAACACAGGAAUCACCCUGUGGGAGUCGGGUGCUAUCCUCGAAUACCUGGUUGAAACCUACGACAAAGAGAAGAAGUUCAGUUUCGAACCCGGUACUCCUGAGUACUUCCACGCCAAGCAAUGGCUCCACUUCCAGAUGUCGGGUCAGGGUCCCUACUUCGGCCAGGCAGUAUGGUUCACCAAAUACCACCCCGAGAAGGUCGAAAGUGCCCGGCUGCGCUACAUCAACGAAAUCCGUCGUGUGUCGGAAACGAUGAACAACGUUCUUGCGGACCGUGAGUAUCUGGUUGGCGACAAGUACAGCUAUGCCGACCUCUCCUUCGUUCCCUGGUUCGGCAUCAUUCCCUGGAUCACCGGAGAUGCAUUUGAGCUGGAAAAAGACUUCCCUCAUCUCAAUGCCUGGCUGGAGAGAAUCAAGGCUAGACCUGCCAUUGCCAAAGCGUUGGCAGAGAAGGCUGAGGCAACCUCGAAAAUGACGCAGCCUUGAAGGGAGCGAAGUGGUUCAAAGAGCUAGCCGGUUCUUGCUCAGAGAAGUUAGCAUAUGAAGCCUGUAUUUAGAAUUGCAUUAUAAUUUUAAUAAAUCGAUAGUAUCGAUGAUACCAUGGUUCAUGUUUUUUGGGUAAAUUAUAUGAUGAGUCCGGUGGACCAUUCCUGCCGAGGAAGAAGUAACUCAAAGGCCAUACUGGUGUGAUACGGAGCUCUCGCAGUUGAGUAGUUACAUGAAGCAAGGCAAU